AUGAAGGUGCCAAUUGAAUUUGAGGCAAUCAGUGAAGAGGCUCAGCAAUUGGCAGACAAGUCACUUGUAUUGAAGAUUCUGCUCGAGUUUGAAGCAGAGAGGCUCAAAGAACACAUGAAGCCCACAGGAGUUGAAGUCAAGCAGCUUGAAAUGCUUGCAAGCAGCCUUGAGGCAGAGAGGUUGGUGUAUGGAGAAACCACUGACUCACACAGGGUGCUGAAGCACAUGAAUCAUACAAAGGCAAAGGUUAUAGCAAGAAGGAUCAAGAUUGAAAGGCUGUUGACAUCAGACAUACAAAGGAAGCCACCAGAAGAGGUUUUGCAAGUUGAAAUAUUGAAGCAUGUAGUGAGGAAUGCCCUUGCACCUGAAGAAUUCCAUGGCCAUGCAGUGUUGGCAAUAGAUGUUUUAUUUGAGAACCCAUUGAGAGUAUUGAUGUGCACACUCAGUAUUAGGACUUGUGCAGAAAGUCCUGCAAUGUUGACUAAGCAAAGAUAUGAAGAAUGGGGCAAAAGGUGUACUGUGCAUGAGUUCGAAAAAUUUGCAUGUGGCGAUGCUGUGGGAACUUCCUUAAAAGGAAAGACCACCCUCAGGCAGGUGGGCAGGGAGGGGGUUUGGGCAUUUGAGUGGGCCCUGCAGGGCAUCACACUGUCAGGGCUUGGGUGGGAUGGCUUGGGAGGGUGCCAAGGAACUCUGUUCACAUCCUACAUGUGUUUAUAUAUGCUCUUAACCAACAAAAAGUGGGAAAUUUGCAUCAGGAAUGGGUUGUAA